AGACAGUCUCAGUAUCAUGCUUUUUGAUUGGUCGAUGCUUUUCGUUAGAAAGUCUCCUUGAAGGGGACAAGGAAAAAUGGCGGCGUUGAGGAGUUUGUUUCGUGCAGGGAAGAAUGCUUUUGGCGCGUUGUCACGCAAGGAGUUUCAUCGGUCGGCUGUCGCCGCGGCUCAGUUGACCUAUCGAGAUGCUCUUAACCAAGCCUUGGAUGAGGAAAUUGAAAGAGAUGAAACUGUAUUUCUACUUGGAGAAGAGGUAGCACAGUAUGAUGGUGCAUACAAGGUGAGCCGUGGACUGUGGAAGAAGUGGGGAGAUAAGAGAAUCAUAGACACUCCUAUUUCAGAGAUGGGUUUUGCAGGAAUUGCAGUUGGUGCUGCCAUGGCUGGCUUGAGGCCCAUUUGUGAAUUCAUGACCUUCAAUUUCUCACUGCAAGCCAUCGACCAAGUUAUAAAUUCUGCUGCCAAAACAUACUACAUGUCAGCAGGUGCAGUUCCUGUUCCUGUAGUCUUUAGAGGUCCUAACGGUUCUUCAGCUGGAGUGGCAGCUCAGCAUUCACAGUGCUUCGCGGCCUGGUAUAGUCACUGCCCUGGCCUAAAAGUGAUUAGUCCUUGGAGUGCUGAAGAUGCCAAAGGCUUGCUAAAAUCUGCUAUUCGAGAUGAUAACCCUGUUGUUUUCUUGGAAAAUGAACUGUUGUAUGGAGUUCCUUUUGAAGUUUCUGAGGAAUUCCAGUCAAAGGACUUUGUUAUUCCAAUAGGAAAAGCCAAAGUGGAAAAAGAAGGAACUAAUGUCACUUUAGUUGCACACUCCAGAAGUGUGGGGCAUUGUCUGGAUGCAGCUGUUGCUCUUGCAAAGGAAGGCAUUGAUUGUGAGGUCAUUAAUAUGCGUACAAUUAGGCCUCUGGAUAUUGAAACAAUUGAAGCUAGUGUGAUGAAGACCAAUCACCUGGUGACAGUUGAGGGCGGUUGGCCACAGUUUGGAGUGGGUGCUGAAAUUUGUGCCAGAAUAAUGGAAGGACCAGCAUUUAACUACCUGGAUGCCCCAGCUGUACGUGUCACUGGUGCUGAUAUUCCUAUGCCCUAUGCAAAGAUCUUGGAAGAUAACUCCGUACCUCAGAUUAAAGAUAUAAUUUUUUCAGUGAAGAAGGUACUCAAUGUGUAAUUGUACUUACUGUUUUCCCCCACCACUCCAUUUUAAAUCCUUUCAUUGAUGGUGUAUAAACGUUUUUAAUAGUUGCUGGAAGAUCCAAAAUAUUAUGUGCCAUGCGCUAUUAGAAAAGUAUUACUUUAAAAAGGAUGUCAACUUUUAACUUGAACUGUGGUAAUGCUCAUAUUGAAUAGUAAGAUUUUUGCCUCUUCCCUAACUCAUAUAUUGGAGGUAGUGUACAGAGCUCCAAAAUAAUUAGCAUGGUACCAGUGAGAUGUUUAAAGUGUGAAAAUAACUUGGAUGUUGGAUAUGCUGAAAGACUUGGAGAAUCUGAAUGAUAGCAUAAUCUACUUAGAUUCUAACAGAAAUGAGUAUUUUAUCUAGAAAACAAAAUUUCUGGACCUAGCAGUUUUGAAAAGGGAGGUUAUACCCAUUUAAUGAAAGAAUUGAUGAUCAUCUUUGGGAAACUUAGUACCUAAUAAUUAAUUGAUGCAAACAUAUCCAACUGGCUUUAUUUAAAUGUUGCCUUGUAUCUUUGUUCAGUGGAGUCUAAUAUUCACAUUUGUGUCACUUGGGGAUUUUAUGAAAAGGUAGCAGCAUUAAUACACAACUAUUUAUGAUCUAAAAAAUGCGCAUUUGAUUAGUUUAAAAGUAAGUCAACCUCCUUGCUGUAUUUUGAGUUGUAUGUCAGUGUCAAUUGUUGUAUUACACCAGUGCAAAUUAAAAUCAAUUAAAAAAAUUUUUUUUGAGAAAAUGAUUCGUCCUCCCAAAAUCCUUUUGGCAACUCCAUAUAGCAGGAUCAAAUAUUAAGCAGUUUUAAUUGCAUUUUGGAAAUUCAUGAUUUUUUAAGUUACAGCCAACCAAUAGGAUUGUGAUUUAUUUUGUUACUUAUUCAUUAAUGAAUAAGGGAGAGUCACUUUAGUUUUGUUUUGAAAUUGGGAAUCUACCCAGGCUUGAUAUUGACUGCAGUGUUAUGAAUUAGUGAUCCAAACUGCAUUAAGUACCAGUCAUAAGGUUGAAACCACAAAUGAAUUGAAUAAAGUCAUCACAAAGUCCAAGCUUUGACCACCUAAUAAUAAAUGAGUGAUUAUAGUCAUUAAAACUCAAACAAGGUUUCAAAUACCAAAUGACUUUAACUGUUUGCAUCUUUUGAAACAUGCAAGAGAGGAUUGUUGUGAUGGUUCGAUACCCUACAUAAGUAGAGCCACAUUUUAAAGAAAACAUCUUACCAAUUUUGGAAAAAGGCUGGAGACUGACUUACAACUGAAAAUUCCCAUGUGUUUUAUUGAUCGUGUGAAAUGGAGACCGUUGUCAACCUCCAGAAAAAAGUUACUGUAUGGCCCUUUUGAAAAUUCUGUAUUCUUACUGUUGCACAAGCUCAUUUUAAAAUGCUGAAAAAAAGUAAUGACUAAGAAUACAAUUUUCUUGAGCAAAGUGGCUGUUGAGUGUAGUAGAUACAUGGUAGUUUGGAGGUUUGUUACAUGGGAGUAUCCCUGGUAGUCUUCUCCCUUCUAUUGCUCUGUUAGAAACAUAUAAAGCUGUUCAUUGAAUUUUUGUAGCAAACAAAAUGGUGAACAAUUAUUAAUAAAAAUAUUAAAACAAUA